GUGUGUGGGUAAAUGGGUCAACUGGACUCGAACAUCAUCUCAGAAACAGGAAAACUUUGCCUAAUCCUCUCCUGACAUUGUCAUAGAGCCCAAAAUAACACACACAUAAUCUUACACUAACGUCUACUUACACACUUUGACCACACACAAUAUCCUGUCAGACAUAAUGAUACAUAUAAAAUAACACACACUCACACAUCAUACACUGCAGCACAGACACACACAUGCAUCAUAUACUUUCACACACACACGCUGAGAUUAGAAUAACUGGGCAGAAGUGGAAGCGGACACAUUAAUGAUAUUAUAGUUAUUCAAGACGCCACGGUUUCCACGGCAGCCGAGAGCGACGGGGCCACUCAGCGAUACAAACAUCAGUCACCCCGCUGACUCACACUGGAGAAAUGUGUGUGUGUGUGUGUGUGUGCGCAUCUCAGCGACAAGAGACUCCAGUUUAACAAAGUCCAUUCACAUCUAAUUCUCUCCUGAUGAGGUGCUGUGGGCCACUCAGAUUUAGAGUCUCUCUCUCUCUCCCUCUCUCUCUCUCUCUCUCUCUCUCUCUGGUUGGCAUGGAAUCAGAAGAAACACACUGCAGCUCACAGUCAACACACUAAUAGUUGAGUGUGUGUACAUACGUGUGUGUAGGUGGGGGGUUUAGGUGAUGAUGUCACACAUUCCGUUUUCCAUUGACAUAACGGUGUUUGGGAAUGAUUUGGGAUGGAGGGGCCAUAAGAUGAUAAUUGUGUUUUCCUUAGAAAAGUGUGUAUGUGUGAGGAUGUGAGUCAGUGUGAAGCGCUGGGAGCCAAAGCAUCACCAUCUACACUAAAUCAUUAACGGACAAAAUGGUAUUUAGUAACAUUUGUGUCCAUGUUGUUCAUUUGGUUAACUAAAAAUGAGACAAAACGAUGGUGAGACGGCACAUAAACAUCAUUGGACACGAACUGGUGACAUAAACAUGUGUUAUUGAUGACGCAAGAAGACUAAAAUGCAGUUUGGACAUAACAUCUUUACCAAAAACAGGGUGAGAAUAAUUGAAUAUGAUAAAAAAACUAAUAAGGAUAUUUCACACAAGACUAUGACUAAAUUAAAAACAAGAAGCUGACAAACUUUAUUUUGUAAUGUAUUGUAAAAGGAAGGUUUUAAGAAUAGGGCUGGAGUUAUUCUGUAUUAUUCUAGUGUCAAAUAAAAAAAUAUGUUAGUCUAUAUCCCUAUACUAUCUGUGGCAGUUGGCCUACAGCAAUUAUGUUCUACUAAUAUCAUAUAUCUAAACAUAUAUAUUUACAAAGAAAAAAGAUAUGGCUUCAUUUAAAAGAAAAAAAGAAGGCUAAUUAUCUAUUACAGCUAGUGAUUGUAGUGUUUUAGGAAACAAACGCCAGUACAAUUUGGAUUAGUUUUUCAGCUGAACAUUAAUACACAUUUGAUAGUCGAGUGAGUUUAUACAGCAGCAGUGUGUAUUUUAGAUUGAAUAUAAAUAUGAGUGUGUGUGUUUUUAUGGUUCAUUUAAUGGAAGAAAUUCAUGUUUGUGUUUUAAUUUUGUUGAUAAUACGUCUUUGUAGGUAAAUGUCUUUAAGUUGGAUUGAAUUUUGGUUGUGUUUUGUGAAAAAUUCUGCCAGCACAUUAAACCAACAUUCAUUUAAAGCAGAUAUACUCAAAUUAAGAUUUCCCUUGGUUCUAGUGUGGUGUGAUUAUUCUCAUUAUUGGAAUGUACAACAAGUGUGUUUCUUUUGAGACUGUUCAUGUGUUAGGACUUAAAUGUAGAUCAUGUUCUUUGCCAUGAGUAAAACACUCAAAAAGAAUCAAUCAGAUCCUUUUGUUUCCUGGAUGAAUGACAUAUUAACGGUCCGUUUCUCUUGGAACUGUUUGGAGAGUUGUUUAAAGGUCAUAACAAACGUCUACAGUUUGUAUUUCUGGAAGAAUCGCCUCCAGCUGUCCCGAGUCUGAUUCACAAUACAAGACAGAUGUGGAGCUCUUGCUAAAACUAAAAACAUACAAUAAAACAACUAUUAUUACUGCAAUAUAAUAAACUGCAUCUGGGAACCAACCAAAGGAUUACGCUGAAAGAAAAUGUGACGCGGCAGUGACUGUGAUUUUGGUCUUUGACUUCUUAAAUCAAUUCUCCUCGCAGUAAAUCAAAAUCUGUCAAAUAUAUUAUUAUAUUUAUGGCCCAAUAUCAGUGGGUGUCGUAUCUCCGUGGGCGUUAUAGACCCACACUGGCAACAAUUCCCAACCCAGCCCAAAUUCUCCAGGGAGACGUGGAAAAACUCAUUGAAAAACCAAAGACGUAACCUUGGGAGAUUCAGAUCCUUUGCUCUUCCAGUAAGUAUUACAUCUGUUUCCUCACCCUGAAAGCCACUUUAACCACAAGGGCACAAAAGACACUCAUUUUGGGACAUUUUAAUGUCAUAUGUGGUCCGAUUGGAACGUUAGUGACCUUUGUGACAUGUCACCGAAGUGUCCAGAAACUGCCCAACAAAUAAUCUAAGUUUAAUAAAGGAAUAACCCGCUGUAGUUUGGACAGCGCGGUUGCUAAGCUGGCUCCCUCCUCCACAUUUGACCCAUCAUGUGCCACACAGAGUUGACCCAAAGCAACAAUAUCUUGUGACCCGACUCUGCCCUUCCUCCUGCAGCCACAAAUGGAAAACCCAGGCAGUGUGUGUGUGUGUGUGAGGUCUCCCACCCACUUUAUUUAUUAGCAUCAAUCAGGCCGAGAAGAUAAUUGUUUGUGUGAUUUUGCAUAGCCUGUGCGUAGCCUGUGCGUAGCCUGUGCAUGUGUGUGUGUGGUAAAGCUGUGUGUGUUCUCACUAUUGUGGUGGUGCGUUGAUGGAAAACCUAUCUAGUUUUCCUCUGUGUCACAGCCGCGGUCCCCCUAAAGGUUGAAAUCAGAGGGGGAGGGUGCAGGGACAGAGAGAAAAACGCUUACACACACCAAGAGGAAGACGUUAAAGAAAAGAAGGCAAUUUUAAUCAUUUUUUGUAAUCAUCUCACUUUUUUCGUGCAGGUUGAGAGAGAGGGACUUGCAGAAAAGAAGGGAAAACAUUAACACACUGUCAGCUCUAAUUGUGGGUGUGUCCAGAGCUAUAAGUGCCUUCACUCUUACCUGUGGUACUUAUAUCCCUGCAUGAGGCGAGCAGACACACACACCUGUCAGUCGACUCACCUGCACUCCAGAAGCUAAACUCUGCUCCACAUCUCCAGGCUGCCGUCCAGAUGUCGCUGUGCACAACUUCACAUUUCUGCAUGCUGGUCCUUCCAGUGAUGUCACUGCUGCUGUUCUUCUCUCCCAUUGGUUGGAGCUACGAUGGCCUCACCCCAGGGUGUCACCUACAUCCCUUCAACGUGACCAUCCGCAGUGACCGCCGCGGCACGUGUAAAGGCACCCACCUGGUCUACGCCUGUGUGGGCUACUGUGAGUCCAGCGCCUUCCCCUCCAGAUACUCAGUGCUGGUGGCCUCCAACUUCACCCACAACAUCACCUCCGCCUCACGAUGCUGCACCAUCAGCAAGGACGCUAAGGUCAAAGUUCGUCUGGACUGCCCUCGAGGUCGUCACCAUGAAGAAAUAGAGAUCCUGACCGCAAAGGCGUGUCGAUGCGACAUGUGUCGCAAGUCCAGCUACUGAGACAUCAAGACAAUAUGCUGCAAUGUACCACAGGACCAAAAACUAAUUUAGUCAGUUAAGCCGUACAAACUUAAAAAUGAUUGAAAUACAGGUGUUUCAGGGAUAAACCAUCAUUUUCCUAUCUCUACUCUAAAUAUUUUUGAAUGUUGAAGAAAAUGCCCUUUAAACUAUUUAAGUGAAAAAUAAUCAACUAAAUUACUCUCAGUAUUAAUUUCCUUCAUUCGUGUUCUCAAAGAAUAAAAAGAAGGUGGAUGGAACAUAGCCAAAAGAUGAAGGGUCUAUGCAGAUCUCCCAUGUCAUCAAAAAUGUUUGACUACAUUUAAGUAUAGGCAGAGUAACCCCUGCUCACGAUUAUUCCCCAAGAACAUUAAGAUUUAAAUGAGGAAUUCACAUUUUGAAAAGUCUAAAAGAUUUAUGUGAGUGUGUGUUUGCGUGUUUUUGUGUGAUGUGUACAAUGUGAUGGAAGGGAGGUUUUUCAAGAAAACUUGAUUUAUGCACAUUUGUGCUUUAAAGGCGAUAUAAACCAACAGCUUUACAUUACAGUUAAGACAGUCAAUCCAUCUGCAUAAAGGUUAUACAAACAAAUAGUUUCACCCAUUGCAUAACCACUAAACACAGACCAAAGAGACCAAAGAAUGUACACAUUUAUUUAUAUUUAUGAAUUUGAAACUAAAGGACAUUUUGUAAAUAAUAUGUAUUAAUGAAACUAAAGAA